AUGUAUUCUGAAGUGAAAAACACUGGUAAUGCAAACGGAGGCCAAUUUCUUACCACUCUUCUUUUUAGUGUUAAUGAUCGAGUAGGUAUCCUGGACGAAUGUUUGACUGCUAUUAGAAAUUUGAAUAUUUCUUUAACUAGAAUUGAAAGCCGUCCAAGUAAAGCCCCUGGUUGGGAUUAUGAUUUCUUUGUUGACUUUAGCGCUGAUGAGGAACAACUUUCUGCUGCAAUCAAAUCUUUGAAAGAGAUUACAAAACAAGUUCAAGUCAUUAGUUCUGGAGGUACUCAAUUUGAAUCAGUGCCGUGGUUUCCACGUAGAAAGCAUGAUCUUGAUACAUUUGCUGAUAAAGUCUUGGAAAUGGGUGAAGAACUUGAUGCCGAUCAUCCAGGCGCGUUGGAUCCGGUUUACAGAGCGCGUCGAGCUGAAAUCACUCGACUUGCUAAAACUCAUCGUCAUGGCCAGCCAAUUCCAAGGGUUAAAUAUACUGAGAAGGAAAUUGAAACGUGGGGUACAGUCUUUCGCAGCUUAAAAAAAUUAUAUAGUACACACGCAUGCAGAGAACAUCAAUUGGUAUUCCCAUUAUUGGAAAAAAAUUGUGGUUAUAAAGACGACAAUAUUCCACAACUGGAGGACGUGUCAAAUUUUUUAAAAGAUUAUACUGGGUACACUCUACGCCCUGUUAUGGGAUUACUCACAUCACGCGAUUUUCUUAAUGGCCUUGCAUUUCGCGUGUUUCAUUCAACCCAAUACAUUCGUCACCAUUCUAAACCUCAUUAUACACCAGAACCAGAUGUGUGUCACGAACUUCUUGGUCACGUACCUUUAUUUUGCGAUCCAGAUUUCGCCGAUUUUUCUCAGGAAAUCGGACUGGCCUCAUUAGGUGCUAGUGAUAAUGAUAUUGAAAAGCUUUCAACAAUUUACUGGUUUACUGUCGAAUUUGGUCUAUGUCGUCAGGGUAAUGAUAUUCGAGCGUAUGGUGCAGGAUUAUUGUCUUCGUUUGGUGAAUUAGAGUAUUCAUUAACUGAUAAACCUGAAAAAAGACCGUUUGAUCCGCAUAAAACUUCGGAGCAAAAAUAUAUUGUAACCGAAUAUCAACCGAUCUAUUUUGUUGCCGAAUCUUUUAAGGAUGCACAACAGAAAGUUCGUGAUUUUUCAAAUACAUUAGAUCGUCCAUUUUCUGUACGAUAUAAUCCUUACACAGAAUCUAUUGAAGUAUUGGAUAAUCAGGAGAAAAUUUUAAGAUAUGCACAAAAUAUUAAAAACGACAUGGCAACAUUGGUUGAUGCUUUAGAAAG